UAUCUGAAACUUUAUCUAUAUUUUUGACUACUUUUGCUUCACUAUAUUCUUAAUGGAAGUAAUGUACUUUUUACUCCAUACAUUAUCUCUGACACCCAGAAGUACUCGUUACAUUUUGAAUGCUUAGUAUUUAUCAAGAGAACAUCCCCGGUCAUCCCAGCAGGCGUUUCUAUGGUCUCUUUAAUCUCACUUGGUCUUUACUCUCGCUGUGGAACAGCAGUAGCGGGACUGAGGAAUUUGUGUGUGUGAAUUCUAGUCAAAGGACGGCAGCAGAGCGCAAUGGUUGGAUACAGAUAACUAAUGUUCAGAAAAAGAUGUCCUGAUGCAGCACUCCAAACAGUAAACGUUACCCUCCUGUAUCCCUCUUCCUCAUCUCAACCUGCUGCUGCUUCUCCUCCUGUACUUCCUGCUCCUCCAGAACCGACUAUUGGUACCGUUGGCUCCUCCCUUGGGUCCCGAACCCUCACUCGGCCGGUUGACAAAUCCCCGCUUUUCCCCUCCUCUCUGCUCCCCCGGUCCUCGUCCCUGAACCUCCUCUCCCCCCUCGCUCCAGUCUUAGCCCCACUGGUCCCCGUCCCUGGCAACAUGUCCGUCGCCCUGAAGCAGGUCUUCAACAAGGACAAGACCUUCCGCCCCAAGCGUAAGUUUGAGCCGGGGACGCAGCGCUUCGAGCUGCAUAAGAAGGCCCAGGUGUCGCUGAGCUCCGGGGUUGACCUGAGGGCGGCGGUUGCACUGCCUCACGGGGAGGAUCUGAACGACUGGGUGGCCAUGCACGUAGUGGACUUCUUCAACCGGAUUAACCUCAUCUACGGGACGGUGUGUGAGUUCUGCACGGAGAAGAGUUGUCCGGUCAUGUCCGGGGGUCCUAGGUAUGAGUACCGAUGGCAGGACGAUCACAAGUAUAAGAAGCCAACGGCUCUACCUGCUCCCAAGUACAUGAAUCUACUGAUGGACUGGAUCGAGGUCCAGAUCAACAAUGAGGAUAUCUUCCCCACCAGCAUAGGUAUCCCCUUCCCCAAGAAUUUCACCCAGAUCUGUAAGAAGAUCAUCUGCCGUCUGUUCCGGGUGUUUGUCCACGUCUACAUCCACCAUUUUGACCGUAUGAUCCAGAUGGGAGCUGAGGCCCACGUUAACACCUGCUACAAGCACUUCUACUACUUCAGCACAGAACUCAACCUCAUAGACCGCAAGGAGCUGGAGCCACUGAAAGAUAUGACGUCUGGGAUGUGUCACUGAGGUGUUGUAGCAGAACCACCGGUGCUGCUGAUGGUCUGGCAGGAGGUUACCAUGGCUACGCUGUGGGAGGGGUCCCGUGAGCAGCAGAGAUGCCUCUGAAGCUUUAUGACAUCAUCACUGUGCGUCUGGUAGCCCGGAGAAGAACCUGUUACCUGCAGAUACGCCUGCCAGGCUGGAUGCGCACUGAAGCGAAGACAGACUACUACUAUUUGUACGAUCAACACUGUAGCAGAGACUACUAGACUCUGCUGUAGUCUGUCAUGUUAAACAACUCUCUCUAUAACACCAGAUCACAGAGGAGGAGCUGAUUAACUCAUGUUUGCAUGAGUUGAUUAUGUUCUAUAUGAGAGUAUGACUACUAGGACCACUUACUGACUGACUGAUUCACUGGCAGGCUGGCAGACUGUUUCACUGGCCAGUUGGAUGACUAACUGAUUAACUGGCCAGCUGGCUGGCUGACUGUUUCACUGGCCAGCUGGCUGGCUGACUGAUUAACUGGCCAGCUGGCUGGCUGACUGUUUCACUGGCCAGCUGGCUGGCUGACUGAUUAACUGGCCAGCUGGCUGUCUGACUGUUUCACUGGCCAGUUGGAUGAAUGACUGUUUCACUGGCCAGCUGGCUGACUGACUGUUUCACUGGCCAGUUGGAUGAAUGACUGAUUAAUUGGCCAGCUGGCUGGCUGACUGGUUCACUGGCCGGCUGGCUGGCUGGCUGACUGGUUCACUGGCCGGCUGGCUGGCUGGCUGUCAAAUCAAAACGUAGGAAUGGCAUCCUAUUCCUUAUAUAGUGCACUACUGUUGACCAGGGCCCUAUGGGACCUUACGGGCUAUGGGCAAAGGCAGUGCACUACUGUUGACCAGGUCCCUAUGGGACCUUACGGGCUAUGGGCAAAGGCAGUGCACUACUGUUGACCAGGGCCCUAUGGGACCUUACGGGCUAUGGGCAAAGGCAGUGCACUACUGUUGACCAGGGCCCUAUGGGACCUUACGGUCUAUGGGCAAAGGCAGUGCACUACUGUUGACCAGGGCCCUAUGGGACCUUACGGGCUAUGGGCAAAGGCAGUGCACUACUGUUGACCAGGGCCCUAUGGGACCUUACGGGCUAUGGGCAAAGGCAGUGCACUACUGUUGACCAGGGCCCUAUGGGACCUUACGGGCUAUGGGCAAAGGCAGUGCACUACUGUUGACCAGGGCCCUAUGGGACCUUACGGGCUAUGGGCAAAGGCAGUGCACUACUGUUGACCAGGGCCCUAUGGGACCUUACGGGCUAUGGGCAAAGGCAGUGCACUACUGUUGACCAGGGCCCUAUGGGACCUUACGGGCUAUGGGCAAAGGCAGUGCACUACUGUUGAACAGGGCCCUAUGGGACCUUACGGGCUAUGGGCAAAGGCAGUGCACUACUGUUGACCAAGGCCCUAUGGGACCUUACGGGCUAUGGGCAAAGGCAGUGCACUACUGUUGACCAGGGCCCUAUGGGACCUUACGGGCUAUGGGCAAAGGCAGUGCACUACUGUUGACCAGGGCCCUAUGGGACCUUACGGGCUAUGGGCAAAGGCAGUGCACUACUGUUGACCAAGGCCCUAUGGGACCUUACGGGCUAUGGGCAAAGGCAGUGCACUACUGUUGACCAGGGCCCUAUGGGACCUUACGGGCUAUGGGCAAAGGCAGUGCACUACUGUUGACCAGGGCCCUAUGGGACCUUACGGGCUAUGGGCAAAGGCAGUGCACUAUACAGUUCAUUCGGAAAGUAUUCCAACCCCUUGACUUUUUCUACAUUUUGUUACGUUACAGCCUUAUUCUAAAAUUGAUUAAAUACAUUUUUUCCUAAUCAAUCCCCACACAAUACCCCAUAAUGACAAAGCAAACACUGUUUUUUAGAAAAACAGAAAUACCUUAGUUACAUAUGUAUUCAGACCCUUUGCUAUAAGACUUGAAAUUGAGCUCAGGUGCAUCCUGUUUCCAUUGGUCAUCCUUGAGAUGUUUCUACAACUUGAUUGGAGUCCAGCUGUGGUAAAUUAAAUUGAUUGGACAUGAUUCGGAAAGGCACACACCUGUCUAUAUAAGGUCCCACAGUUGACAGUGCACGUCAGAGCAAAAACCAAGCCAUGAGGUUGAAGGAAUUGUCUUUAGAGCUCCAAUACCGGAUUGUGUCGAGGCACAGAUCUGGGGAAGGGUACCAAACAUUUUCUGUAGUUUUGAAGAUCCCCAAGAAAACAGUGGCCUCCAUCAUUCUAAAAUUGAAAAAGUUUGGAACCACCAAGACUCUUCCUAGAGCUGGCCUCCUAGCAAAACUGAGCAAUCGGGGGAGAAGGGCCUUGGUCAAGGAGGUGACCAAGAACCCGAUGGUCACUCUGACAGCGCUUCAGAGUUCCUCCAAGCCUGCUUGGAGUUUUCCAAAGGGCACCUAAAGACUCACAGACCAUGAGAAACAAGAUUAUCUGGAGGAAACCUGGCACCAUCCCUACGGUGAAGCAUGGUGGUGGCAGCAUCAUGCUGUGGGGAUGUUUUUCAGUGGCAGGGACUGGGAGACUAGUCAGGAUCGAGGGUAAGAUGAAUGGAGCAAAGUACAGAGAGAUCCUUGGUGAAAACCUGCUCCAGAGCUCUCAGGACCUCAGACUGGGACGAAGGUUCACCUUCCAACAGAACAACGACCCUAAGCACACAACCAAGACAAUGCAGGAGUGGCUUCGGAACAAGUCUCUGAACGUCCUUGAGUGGCCCAGCCAGAGCCCGGACUUGAGCCCGAUCGAACAUCUCUGGAAAGACCUGAAAAUAGCUCCCCAUAUAACCUGACAGAGCUUGAGAGAAUCUGCAGAGAAGAAUGGGAGAAACUCCCCAAAUACAGGUGUGCCAAGCUUGUAGCAUCAUACCCAAGAAGACUCGAGGAUGUCAUUACAGCCAAAGGUGCUUCAACAAAGUACUAAGUAAAGGGUCUGAAUACUUAUGUAAAUGUGAUAUUGACGUUUUAUUUUGUAGUUUCAUUGGUCCUUUCAGGUGUCCGUCAUGAUCCUGGUGUAGUUUCAUUGGUCCUUUCAGGUGUCCGUCAUGAUCCUGGUGUAGUUUUAUUGGUCCUUUCAGGUGUCCGUCAUGAUCCUGGUGUAGUUUCAUUGGUCCUUUCAGGUGUUCAUCAUGAUCCUGUUUUUUAUUACUUCACCAUGAGGACUUCUUUCUAUGUAAAUUAACUUGUGCUGGCAUCCUUAGCCUAGUGAAUAUGUAUUUAUGAUACUUUAGCAACACUACAAUCAAGUUUGUUAUUCAAUCAUCAGUCUGUAACUUGACUGUUCAGUUUACAAUAAUAACCAACACAAAGCAUCUGACCUACAAAGUGAUGUUAAUAUAUCAUCAACUAGACUUAUUUACAAUUAUUUUUAACAUUUAGUUUGACUGUUUAUGAUUCCAUGUAAACAUUACUACACCAGAAACAAUAAAGUGUAUUUUGAUUCCUUCCAGAAA